AUGGUGCAUUCUUUACCCACUUGCUUGAGGGCUCUUGUAAUAUUGCUUUGCAAUCUGUUGUAACAGACCAUAGAUACAAGGAUAAAACUUGCUUUUGCCCUUGCUAGACAGUGGUUUGGGGUAUACAUCACUGCUGAAGCACCAAACGAUGAAUGGCUGUUGGAUGGUCUUGCUGGCUUUCUCACUGAUUCAUUUAUUAAGAGAUUUCUUGGAAAUAAUGAGGCACGUUAUCGCCGAUACAAGGCCAACUGUGCUGUUUGCAAGGCAGAUGUCAAUGGUGCAACCGCUUUGAGCUCUUCUGCUUCUUCAACAAGCUUGUAUGGGACUCAAUCCAUGGGUUUAUAUGGCAAGAUUCGAUCGUGGAAGUCUGUGGCGGUUCUUCAAAUGUUGGAAAAGCAGAUGGGGCCUGAAUCUUUUCGUAAGAUUUUGCAGAUGAUAAUUCUUCGGGCUCAACAUACAACUCGUCCCUUGAGAACUCUUAGUACAAAGGAGUUCCGGCAAUUUGCUAAUAAGGUUGGCAAUCUUGAGCGUCCUUUUCUUAAAGAAUUUUUUCCUCGUUGGGUGGGAUCUUGUGGAUGUCCUGUCCUAAGGAUGGGAUUGUCUUACAACAAAAGGAAAAAUUUGAUUGAACUGGCGGUUCUUCGGGGCUGCACAGCUAUGCUAGACUCAAUUUCUUCAAUUCCUAAUGGUAUUCCCGAAUCUGAAACCCGAGAAGGUGAUGUUGGGUGGCCUGGGAUGAUGAGCAUCCGAGUUCAUGAACUUGAUGGAAUGUACGACCAUCCAAUUCUUCCCAUGGCUGGAGAGACUUGCCAGCUGCUAGAAAUACAAUUGCACUCGAAGCUUGCUGCGAGGCGCAUUCAGAAGCCUAAGAAAGGCUCCAAACCUGAUGGCUCUGAUGAUAACGGUGAAGCUGUUCCUUCUGUAGAUAUGCGUUCUAAUGUGGAAUCUCCUUUACUAUGGAUCAGGGCUGAUCCAGAAAUGGAAUAUCUUGCGGAAAUUCAUUUUAAUCAACCCAUCCAGAUGUGGAUUAAUCAACUGGAGAAGGACAAAGACGUUGUUGCUCAGUCACAAGCAAUUGCAACAUUGGGGGCCUUACCACAGUUUUCUUUUUCAGUCGUGAAUGCUCUGAAUAACAUACUCAGUGAUUCAAAGGCCUUUUGGAGAGUCCGAAUGGAGGCAGCUUUUGCAUUGGCUCAUACAGCGUCGGAGGAAACUGAUUGGGCUGGUUUACUCCAUCUGGUUAAAUUUUAUAAAAAUCGAAGAUUUGACCCAAACAUUGGACUCCCUAGGCCAAAUGACUUUCAUGAUUUCCCUGAGUACUUUGUUCUUGAGGCCAUUCCUCCUGCAAUAGCUACAGUCAGAGCAGCAGACAAGAAAAGCCCAAGAGAAGCAGUUGAGUUUGUUUUACAACUGUUAAAGUAUAAUGAUAACAAUGGAAAUUCUUACUCUGAUGUAUACUGGCUUGCUGCAUUGGUCGAGUCAGUUGGUGAACUUGAGUUUGGACAACAGAGUAUACUCUUCUUAUCAUCACUUCUCAAACGCAUUGAUCGGCUUCUACAGUUUGACAGUUUGAUGCCAAGCUACAAUGGGAUAUUGACUAUUAGCUGCAUCCGCACUCUGACACAGAUUGCAUUAAAGCUUUCAGCAUCCGUACCCCUUGAUCAUGUUUUUCAACUUAUUAAACCUUUCCAAAAAUUUGAAACAAACUGGCAAGUUCGUAUUGAGGCAAGUAGAGCACUCCUUGAUCUUGAGUUCCACUGCAAAGGGGUUGAUGCAGCUUUAUUGUUGUUUAUGAAAUAUUUAGAGGAAGAGCCAUCCUUAAGAGGACAGGUGAAACUAGCUGUGCAUGCAAUGCGCCUAUGUCAGAUAAGUUGUGGUUCUGACUCUAAUGAUGAAAUAAGGAGUCCCACACUAGUGACAUUGCUAAACCUUCUUGAAAGCCAUAAAGCCUUUAACAAUGUCUUCCUUCGGCAUUACUUGUUCUGCAUUUUGCAGAUCCUUGCAGGAAGGCCUCCAACACUAUAUGGUGUCCCUAGAAUUCAAUUACAGCCAAUGGGUGAUAUGGAAACUUGUAAUGAACCGAAGAACAAACCUUCAGGAUCUGCAAAGCUACGGAUAUCAGAGCCUCAAGAUCCUUCUGUAGACAUCCAAAAACUCUCUCUUGAUGGUUUGCACAAUCCUGAAGCUUGCAAGGAUACAGAUACCAUUUCCAAUGGUAACGAGCGAAGGAUGCCAGUUGUUAAGAUCAGAGUCAGGCAAUCUGUUACAUCCAGUAGAGCUGAAGAUGCUGAUAAUACAAUUGACAAGUCUAAAGGUGGGCACCAUGAAAAUGAGAGGGAUGCCAGCAGUUCCAUGUCUGUGGAUGCACCCCAAAGGGUCACUAAUGAGCCUUUUAGUACAAGCAACCAAAAUGUGGAGGAAGUAAACUCAUGCCAUGACCAUGGUUCUCGGGUGACUGCCAGUAUUGGUAGUACCAAACUUGUGAAUGAUGAUGAUGAAAUUGGGAAGGAAUUGCAGUGCACUGCUGACUCAAUAAAAGGUGCUUCUUUGCCUCAGUCUGAUGAUGUGUCAUUGCCUGGCAUCAUUAAUGGUACCAAUGGAGAGACUGAUGCACAUAAAUAUGCAAGUCUUCAAAUGCUACCUGUAGGCAGGCAUAAUCAGGAUGGGGCUUUAGUGUCUGAGGGUGGAAAUUCAAGGGAGAAAGAGAAAGAGAAAGAGAAGGGGAAAGACAAAGAAAAGAAACGGAAGCAGGAAGAGAAAGAUGAGCAUAAAAGGCAUCGUGAUGAUCCUGAGUACUUGGAAAGGAAGCGUCUGAAGAAGAAAAAACAGAAGGAGAAAGAUAUGGCAAAGUUGCUCAGUGGGGAGGCAAAAGCAUCUGUGGGGCAGUUGCAGAGCAUGGUAAAGUCAGCAAAAGUGGAGUUAAAACCAAAUGAAUGCAGUGGAUCUGAAGCGGUGCUAAAAAGUGUAGAAACCAAAGGCCAGGCUUCAGAAGGUGUUCCCAAGCUUCGAAUCAAAUUCACGAAUCGGAGUCUCAAUCAAUCAUAGUGAAGUGUAGAGAUGUAAAGUUGGUUUAGAGGUGCUUCAAACUUUUUAGUAUGGUGGAUUAUCCAAAAGAAAAGGGUAGAGUAUGGGGAUCUGAAAAAUAGUUCACUCCAUCUGUAUGUGACCAUUUUUUGUUUUUUUCCCCCUCAUUUCUUUGGGAGCAUGCAGAUUUAGUUUAUGUCUAGCACUGUUUUGUACAUAGCGGGAUAUGUGAAAUUAGAGAAUUUGUGUUAGUCUAGCACUGAUUUAGUUGCAGUUGAGAAGCAUGAUUCUAUUUAUUAAGUGUGUCAAAGCAGAAAAUUUGUUCCGUUCU